AUGAGCUUUAACUCGGAAUGUAUACAAUUUUAUGCAUUAACUGCUGAGAAACUUUGUGUCGAUCUUAUUCUUGGUAUGGAUUUUAUGAUUGCUUUUCAUGCCAUUAUCGAUGUACAUUCUCAACAUUUCUCCAUUAAAAUUGCUAAUCAACGUGUUAUCAUUCCAGUAGAUGAUCCCUUACGUCGGCCACUCGUUCCAAUUCAUGCUAGUCAAUUUACUAUUAUUCCUCCUCAAUCAAGUGUCAAUGUUAGGAUUUCGUCUCCUAUCUCUUCUUUAUCGGCUUAUUUUAUUCCAACAUCUACUUUUCUUGAACAUCCAUCUUUAUCAUCUUCGCAAACAACCAUCCAAAUUCAGCAUCAUUCUGCAUCUCUUCGUGUGUUUAAUCAAUCUUCUAUUCCACAACAAUUACCUCGGUAUUUUUGUUUCGGAUAUUUACUAAGUAAUCAAGUUCGACAGCAAAAUUAUUUCGAUCAACUUGCCACACUUUGUCGUUGUCAAAAUGAAAAAAAGAAUCGUCAACUUUCAUCUUGCACUGUUCCUCCAGCUCAAACUCCUGCUGUAUUACCAUUACCGUGCAUGUCAAUUAUGCGUGCUGAUACUAUUCCACUACCAACUCAUUUACAGCAGAAUAUGGAUUUAUUAGUCAAACAUUUAGUUGAUCCACAUCGACAACAUCAACUCUCUUCCCUUCUCAUUCAAUAUUCGAAACUUUUUGAUAAUUCACGUCAUAAUAUCUCUGAUAUUGUCAUUCACAAUGUGUUCAAUACUGUCCCACAUACACCACCUGCGUCUCGUCCGCAUCGAAAUCCACAUACUCGUGAAGAAACUCAACAUCUUAUUGACGAAUUUCUUGCGGCUGGGCUUAUUCAAGAAUCCAAUUCUCCUUAUGCCGCUCCAGCUUUUAUUGUUCCUCGUAAGGAUAACCGUCCUGGUCGUCUCGUGGUAGAUUAUCGUGCCUUAAAUAAAAUAACAAUUCCUGAUGCUAGUCCACUUCCACAUGGAGAAGAUUUAUUACAAGAAUUGGGCAAGGGUUAUCAAUACUUUAGUAAACUCGAUUUAAAAUCCGGUUAUCAUCAAUUUCGAAUACCGCCUUCUGAUCGUGCUAAAACUGCUUUCGUUGUUUCUCAAGGUCAUUAUGAAUUUUUAGUUCUUUCAAUGGGUCCACAAAAUGCUCCAGCUGCUUUUCAAAAAACAAUGUGUCAGGUUAUGAGACCUUGUCGUGAAUUUUGUCAAGUUUUUCUAGAUGAUAUUAUACUUUUUUCACGAACAUUCGACGAUCAUAUACGUCAUUUACAGUUGGCUCUUGACACUUUGGCUGCUGCAAAACUCGUUCUUAAUGUUUCGAAAUGUGAAUUAGCAGUGGAAAAAGUUGUUGUUCUUGGUCAUACUAUAUCUGCAACAUCUAUUACACCUACAACUGAUGCUAUACAAGCUAUUUUAGAUUUACCCGAACCUCGUACUCUAAAACAAGCUAAUAAAUUUCUUGGUGGUCUUGCCUAUUAUCGCAAAUUUGUUCCACACUUUGCUGCUCUUGCUGAACCCAUACAUAAGGUUACUAAUUUAACUAAAGCUCGUCGCCAUCUGUUUCAAUGGACGAAUGAACAAUCCACUGCAUUUCAUGCUCUUAAACAAGUGCUUACCACUGCACCUCUUUUCCUUCGAUUUCCUGUUGAUGAUUUCCCUCUUCAAUUAGCUACUGAUGCUAGUGGUAUAGCAACUGGUGGUGUAUUAUUUCAAGAUAUUCAUGGUCAACGACAUAAUCUAUUUUAUCAUUCCAAGGUUCUCUCUCCUGUCGAACAAAAAUAUUCAGUUCCUGAAAAGGAAGCUUUAGCUAUUUUUCAUUGUCUUCAACGAAUGCGAACUCUUAUCCUUGGUCGAACUGUUUAUAUUCAUACUGAUCAUUGUCCCAUUUGUGGCAUGUUACGAAAACCUGUUAAUAAUCGUCGUAUUGAACGUGUGGCUAAUUUAAUUCAAGAAUAUCAAAUAGCUGAAAUAAAACAUGUUGACGGUAAAAGCAACUGUCUCGCUGAUUAUCUUUCUCGUACUUUGGCUGAUCCACUUUUUGAUAUUCCGUAUGGUCUUGAAAGUAAACUUACAGCUGCGAACGCUUCCACUUCUUCUUCGUUUCAUCAGUUGGAUCAAAUUUCGGCUAUGACUCUUCGUCCUCGUCCGAAACAGAUUCAAAUAUCUACCCCUGUCGUUCCUGAUCUCGGCUCACCUUCUUCUGAUGCUGUUUCGAUUUGUUCAUCAGAAGCAUCUACUUUAGUGUCAUCACCUUUUACUACUGCACCUUCACCAAAUUCUUUCGAUGUUUCUGCCUUACCACAUGAACAACAACGUGAUCCGGACCUUCAUCGUAUCUUUCAACAACUUACUGAUCGUACUGCUUCAUCUUCUUUAACUUCUUCGUUUAUCAUUAAAAAUAAUAUUCUUCAUAAACUUAUUUCUCGUACACCUACAUCUACACGUAAAUUAGCUGUGCCUUAUCUACCAUCUUCGAUGGUCAAAUCUCUUCUGAUUGCAACACAUGAUGAUCCAUAUCAAGGUGGUCAUUUUUCUGUCGAUAAAAUGUUUUCUAAGCUUCGUCUUCGUUAUUGGUGGCCUCGCAUGCGUCACACUAUUCAACAACAUGUACGCGCUUGUAUUCCUUGUCAACAGUACAACAUCUCUCGGCAGCGACCACCUGGUCAUCUUCAUCCUGUUCCGCCUACUGCUGUUCCGUUUUCUAUUAUCGGUAUGGAUUAUUGUGGUCCUUUCGUUACCUCUUCUAAUGACAAUAAAUAUGUUCUUGUUGUUACUGAUUUAUUUACCAGAUUUGUUACAGCUAUUGCUUUACCUUCAAAUACAGCUGCUAUUACAGCUUUAACUCUUUUUCGUUAUAUCUUCUGCAAAUACGGUGUUUGUUCUACUCUCAUUACUGAUCAAGGCACACAUUUCAAUAACCAACUCAUGAAUGCCUUUCAACAUCUUCUUGGGUAUAAUCACAUUUUUAGCACACCUUAUCAUCCUCAAUCGAAUGGAAUUGUGGAACGGUUCAACGCAUCUAUGGUCGUUCAAGUUUCCAAACUCCAACAACAACAUCAUAACAACUGGGAUGAUUACCUCGAUGCUGUUGUAUUCGCUUAUAAUAUUUCUCAACACAAAACCACUCAAUUUUCUCCAUUUGAGUUGUUAUUUGGUCGUGCUCCUCAACUUCCGAUUGAUUCUCCUCCUCGCAUCUUUUCUUUUGAUCGUCCAAAUGAUCAUUUCGUUCAUCUAAAAAAAAUUCUUAAUGUUUAUCAUCAACAGGCAAAAAAUAAUAUUCUUGCUCAACAAUCUUCCAACAAAACUCGAUAUGAUCGUCAUCGUGGUGAUCCUCAUUAUAACAUUGGUGAUCGUGUUUUUACAAAAGUUUUUACUAGUCGUACGAAACUUGAUCCUCAUUAUUCAGCUGAUCCUCAAAUCAUUGUGCAGGUCAAUCACCCCACCUAUAUCGUUCGUCAUCUAUCAACUGGGAUCGAACGUUCUUAUCAUGUAUCGGAUUUACGUCCCGUUACUUUGGCCUAUGACGACGAUUCUCGUAUAUAA